UCUCCGCUCUCAGGCGUCGCUGCGCUGGAGGUGAAGGAGCCGGUCCGCUCGCUGCCUCCGCUGUCAAUGGCUCUCUGGACCUAUUUUAUGUGAAUGCCCGGGCCCCUUCAAAGUGACCGAUAAUGGAUAUUCUGUGGAUAUUAUGGAGCUUACCGGCCGUCAUAGCAGUGGAAGAGACACUCAUGGACUCCACCACUGCCACAGCAGAGCUCGGCUGGACGGUCUAUCCCGUGUCAGGGUCGAGUGACAACAGCUGGGAGGAGGUGAGUGGUUACGAUGAAAACAUGAACACCAUCCGGACGUACCAGGUCUGCAAUGUUUUUGACAACAAUCAGAACAAUUGGGUACGGACAAAGUAUAUCCGGCGUCGGGGCGCACAGCGGAUCCACGUAGAGAUGAAGUUCUCUGUCAGGGACUGCAGUAGCAUCCCCAACGUGCCAGGCUCCUGCAAAGAGACCUUUAAUCUCUAUUACUAUGAAUCUGAUUCCGACACGGCCACCCGGACUUCACCAGCUUGGAUGGAGAACCCCUGGAUCAAGGUGGACACCAUUGCAGCAGAUGAGAGCUUCUCCCAGGUGGACCUGGGAGGCAGAGUGAUGAAGAUCAACACAGAGGUCCGGAGCUUCGGUCCGGUGUCACGAAAUGGCUUCUACCUGGCCUUUCAGGACUAUGGUGGCUGCAUGUCCCUCAUCGCUGUGCGUGUCUUCUACCGGAAAUGUCCCCGAAUCAUCACGAACGGGGCGUUGUUCGGGGAGACACUCUCGGGGGCAGAGAGCACCUCCCUUGUUGCUGCAAGAGGUGUUUGUAUCCCUAACGCAGAGGAGGUGGAUGUGCCAAUUAAACUGUACUGCAACGGAGAUGGAGAGUGGAUGGUGCCCAUCGGGCGCUGCAUGUGCAAGUCUGGGAACGAGGCUGUGGAGAACGGGACAGUUUGUCGAGCUUGUCCGUCAAACUUCUUCAAGCCGACUCAAGGAGACGAGCCCUGUUUGCAGUGUCCCAUCAACAGCCGCACCACCAGCGAAGGCGCCACUAACUGCGUUUGCCGCAGCGGAUACUAUCGCACCGACUCCGACCCGCUCCAGAUGCCGUGCACAACUGUCCCUUCAUCUCCUCAGACUGUUAUCUCCAUUGUCAAUGAAACCUCUGUGAUGCUGGAGUGGAUGCCUCCCAGGGACUCCGGGGGCCGCGAGGACGUGGUGUUCAACAUCAUCUGCAAGAGCUGCGGCGGAGGCCGUGGAGGCUGCACCCGCUGCGGGGACAAUGUUCAGUUUUUGCCCCGUCAGCUGGGCCUGACAGAACCCCGGGUCUACAUCAGUGACCUGCUGGCCCACACGCAGUACACGUUUGAGGUGCAGGCUGUCAACGGGGUGUCAGAUCAGAGCCCCCUCUCCCCCCAGUAUGCCUCUGUCAACAUUACCACUAACCAGGCUGCUCCAUCUACUGUAUCAAUAAUGCACCAGGUUAGUCGCACUGUGGACAGCAUCACCCUCUCCUGGUCCCAGCCUGACCAGCCCAACGGCGUCAUCCUGGACUACGAGCUGCAGUAUUAUGAAAAGGACCAGUCAGAAUAUAACUCUUCCACUAUCAGGAGCCAGACCAACACAGUGGUCAUCCGUGGCCUCAAGCCAGGAAGCAUCUACGUAUUCCAGGUCCGGGCCCGCACCGUGGCCGGGUUUGGACGCUACAGCGGCAAACUGUACUUCCAGACCAUGACUGAGGAGGAAUACAACACCAGCAUUCAGGAGAAGCUUCCUCUCAUCAUUGGAUCGGCAGCUGCUGGUUUGGUUUUCCUCAUCGCUGUGGUCGUCAUCAUCAUCGUCUGCAAUCGGAGGCGUGGCUUUGACAGGGCCGAUUCGGAGUACACGGACAAACUGCAGCACUACACCAGCGGCCACAUGACUCCAGGAAUGAAGAUUUAUAUUGAUCCGUUCACAUAUGAGGACCCCAACGAGGCUGUGAGGGAGUUUGCCAAGGAGAUUGAUAUAUCCUGCGUGAAGAUUGAACAAGUCAUUGGUGCAGGAGAGUUCGGGGAGGUGUGCAGUGGAAAUCUAAAGCUGCCGGGUAAAAGGGAAAUGUUCGUGGCCAUUAAAACACUGAAGUCGGGCUACACGGAAAAGCAAAGGCGGGACUUCCUGAGCGAGGCCAGCAUCAUGGGCCAGUUCGACCAUCCCAACGUCAUCCACCUGGAGGGAGUGGUCACCAAGAGCAGUCCCGUCAUGAUCAUCACCGAGUUCAUGGAGAACGGAUCUCUGGACUCCUUCCUCAGACAAAACGAUGGUCAGUUUACUGUGAUCCAGCUCGUUGGUAUGCUGCGCGGCAUCGCCUCGGGCAUGAAGUACCUCGCCGACAUGAACUACGUGCACCGUGACCUCGCUGCCCGAAACAUCCUGGUCAACAGCAACCUCGUGUGCAAGGUGUCGGACUUCGGUCUCUCGCGCUUCCUGGAGGACGAUACGUCAGACCCUACCUACACCAGUGCUUUGGGUGGGAAGAUCCCGAUCCGAUGGACUGCACCUGAAGCCAUCCAGUACAGGAAGUUCACCUCCGCUAGUGAUGUGUGGAGCUACGGGAUCGUCAUGUGGGAAGUCAUGUCCUAUGGAGAGAGGCCUUACUGGGACAUGACCAAUCAAGAUAGCCUCAUAGCAACCCUUAGAGAUCUGUGUCUCCCCCUGCAGGUAAUCAACGCCAUAGAGCAGGACUACCGACUGCCCCCGCCCAUGGACUGUCCCAGCGCGCUCCACCAGCUCAUGUUGGACUGUUGGCAGAAAGACCGAAACAACCGGCCCAAGUUCAGCCAGAUCGUCAACAACCUCGACAAGAUGAUCCGCAACCCCAACACGCUAAAGGCCAUGACUCCGCUAUCUUCUGGUGUUCAUCUGCCUCUCCUGGACCGCAGCAUCCCCGACUUCUCCAGCUUCAGCACUGUGGACGAGUGGCUGGACGCCAUCAAGAUGGGCCAGUACAAAGACAAUUUCGCCAGUGCAGACUUCUCUACAUUUGAUGUGGUGUCUCAGAUGACCAUGGAGGACAUCCUGAGGGUCGGUGUGACAUUAGCAGGCCAUCAAAAGAAGAUCCUCAACAGCGUCCAGAUGAUGCGGGCACAGAUGAACCAGAUCCAGUCGGUGGAGGUUUGACCCUUCCGAGCAGAGUGGAGGCGGUGGAGAGGGGGAGGGAGGGAGAAGGCGGUCGGGAUGCAGGGUUCUGGGUGCAGAGGGUGGAGUGGAUGUUUUUUCUCUUUUUUUAUUUCGCGUGACAGUGCGUCUGGUCCUCCCACCAGACUACCAUUCAUCCCUCGUUCCCCUCUCCACCUCCCUCCCUCCUCCUCCUCUUAUCCCCUCACCCUGACUCUCCCUCCAUCCUUGGAAUUGGAACUCCAUGUGAUGAGGCGUCAGACGGCCGACCCACCUCUGGAGCCAGAAACACGGGAGGUUAGAAGUGACCAGCUACACCACCUUUUUUUUUUUCAAUCUUCCACCAAUUUUCAUUUGAUGUUGAACAUUUUAUUGUUUUGGUUUUGUUUUUGUUUUUUCCUGCUAAUUUUGUAAAGAAUUUUUUUUAAAGAAAAAAAAAACUGAUGAAAAGGCAACAAGGAGUUUAUCUACAUUUAUAGAUGAUAUAAGGUUGUUACACUAGAUGAACUGAGUAGGAAAGCUACCCUUUAAAAGGGCAAAAAAAAAAAAGAAAGAAACAAGGAAGAGUUGAGGAAAACGUCCUCGAGGAGGCGAGGAGACGGUCUUUGUCGUUUUUAGUUUUGGGGACAUCGUGAGGAAACGGAGUUCUCUGUGACGCGGAGGAGAGCGAGGGACCCAACGUGCACUUCCAGCUGUUUCCCCAGGAGAGAAAAUACAAUAAAAAGAAACGGACAACUUUUGACAUAGACUGAUGUCAAAACAACCUUCAUUCAGACUGAUCAACAAUCAUGAAAAAAGAAAAAAACACUAAAAAAACAAACAAUUUCUCUCAUUGCAAGUAAUUUUUCUAUAUUGUGUGAAAUUUUGUGACGGAGAUUUUCCCUCUCACCAUGCUUCCUUCUCACGAUAGACGAGUUUCUUUUGUUUUCAUUUGUUUUUCUUUCACGGUGAAAUAUUCACAGCCUGCCAAAUAGAACUCUUCCCUGUCUUUGCACCCCCACCCCCCCUCCCCACCCCCAUCAUGGUCCUGUACUGUAAAUAUCAGAUGCACUUGAAACCUGUCGGAACGUGACGACUCAGAGACGUUGGAGCUGAUCAGUACAGGAAGCAGACGAGCCGACUGCCGGGAGGAUUUAUGUUCGUCAUCGUCGGUUUCUGUCCCGAUUGUGUGAAAAAAAGUAGUUUGUGAGGAGAAAAAAAAAAACAACAACAAAACAUGAAUACAUCGACGUCCACGUGCGUACAGGAUGUCCUGUUCCAGCGUCCUCCCUCAUCUGCAGCGUUGUCUGUGCACACGCUUCAGCACAUGCGCACCACGUGCUCAAGGCAGCGGUGGCUCCGGGAGAGUCGGGACUCGUGUUUGAUCGCAUGCUGAGUGAGUGGUUAAUUUCACAGUGCUUUGAUUUGAUUCAAUUACUAGAAAACUCUCUGUUUGGUUAAGAGCUUGGAUUUGACACACUUUACAGAAUACAGUGUGGCUGCAUUAUAUUCACUCUUUCUGCUUCUUCCAAUUUUUUUCCUUUUUGAAAAGACUUUUUUUUUUUAAUGUUUUAAAGUAUUAAAGUUUUAAUAGCACACGUGGUUAUUUUACCCACACGGUCACAGGUAGACUUUUUACAAUCAGGCGUUUGUUGAAUUACACACAAAAAAUGCAACGUGUUAUUUUAUUGCAAUUUCUGUAUGGAUAUUAUUGGAUUGUUAUUAUUGUUAUUAUUAUUAUGACUUUUUAGAAUUUUUUUUUCUGCACUGAGUCUCCUGUUUGACUCCGAACAAACACUCUGGAUCCUCCACAAAUGCUUUUGAACUAAUUUUUUUGGGAAAAUGAAUCAUGUUGGUGCACAAAAAAAAGACAAAAAAAGAAACGUGUAGAUAAAACCGCUUUUUUUCCCCCUGUAACAGGUUUUGAUUUCAUUUCGGAGACAGUGUAUGCAUUUAUUGUUUGGUUUCCUGUGAACGAAGCUGUCGCACGAGUACAGAACUGUCAGUUAUUGUUUGUGUUGUCGUCGCUAACCUGGUGUAAGGGUCACGGGGGUGAAAGAUGGAGUUCGUAGCAAUGCAACGAUUCCCCGGAGAUGCUAAAUCAGGAGGGGGGUGGGGGUGGGGGUUAUGUAUGCAGCCGGUAAAUGAUACCGGCCGAGCAGAGCUCCUACUGGGCCCUGCUCUGAGACCUGACAGCCAGACACGGACGUCCAGCUGUGAGUCAUCGGUCAGAUGUGCCCGGUCGCAGCGGGGCGGCCCCACCCCGAUCACAGCCGCUCUGUCCAGGCACUGAUUCCCUCUCUCUCUCUCUCCCCCCUUGAUCACAUCCAUGCUUGUCGGACCACCUGUCCGCCGCCCCCACUGAUCUCCUCGCUGUCGGCUUUCGGCAGUUGUCUGGUCGUGUCUGUGCGAGUUUGAGAGCAUCGUCGCUGACGCCCAUCAGUGAGGCGGUUGGAUCUUGUGUUGUCCUGAUAAAACAAUGCUUCCAGGUUCGGGCUCACCAAAUCCUCUGAUCUGGACCCGACUUCUUCUGGUUUCACUACAGACAGCUUGAGCACCAAAGCCCCGGUUAAAGAAAGAGAGAAACCUCAGUUACUGCAGCCUUGUCGUCCCACCUUCCACGGUCCCUGGCUGAAAUCUUUUUUUAAUUCUCUUUGUGCCCCAUAAUCCUCCCUUUUUAUAUUUUCAUAUGCAGUGCAACACAUACGAAGGAAUCUUUUCCUGGAAGCUUUUAUAAUGUAUAAAAGUGGAGGAGGAGAUCAUGAGCUGUUAGUCAUAGCAGCGAAGCCGGAGAAAAGUGAUGCUGUGACCUAAAUGCCACUGAUGCCAACAUGCAUUUUUUUUUUUUUUUUACAGAGCUUCAGACUGUCUUCCUUUUCCAUGUCGCCACACUUAACAGCUCAUCAGUUUUAUUUAGCGAGGCUGAGGCUGUACGUCUUCUCGUGGUGCAGCAAAUAUUCCGUCUGCAGGAAAAACACUUAAUGUUGUUCAAGAAAUUAAUCUGAAGUCCGCGCAGGACCAGAGAUUUUCUGCUCCAGGCCUAUUACAGCUCAUUCAGAUGCUUGUCCAUGGACACUGCCAAGACGCAGAGUUAUUAAUCAAGCAAUUAUCCUUGAACUGUGCUUCAAGGAACCCCACUCAACUGGGUGGGCAGACAUAAAAUAAUGCUGAAGAAGAUGUUUCUUUCUUUUCUUGCAGCUAAGAGACUUCCAGUCCCGGCUGAAGGGUUACUUUGUUGUUUCCAGUUGAAUCUGAAGGAGCUUGAAUUGAAUGUGGAGUGUUUUGGAAGCACUGCAUGAAGUAUUUAUGUAUCGUAUUAUUUUGAUGUCACAAAAAGAGACGUAUUGUCGCAGCUCAGGGCUGAGCAGUGAUCAGAGGGAGACGAAAUCACGUCUGUCCUCUUCAUGUUUCAACAGAUUCUGGUUUCCCUGGCUACUCAUUUUACACCAAAGCCCAAGCUGUGAAAAACUCCGGUGUUAAACAAACCCAGUAACUAAUUCAUCUGGUACAAUUCAUAAAAAAAUAUGGUGGGCAAAUCUCUCAAAGGGUUUUUUACUUGAUGUGGUGAUUAUUCUUUAAUCGCCUCCCUGAGAUCAGACUGAAUAUUUCAUUCAAGGGACAUUUUUAUCCAUAACUGUAAAUGUUUUUACAGUGCAAAACUGCAGUCACAUAUAUAUAUAUAAAUAUAUAUAUGUAUAUGAAUUUUGGAUCACUGACAGAUUAAAAUCUGCUUUAUCUCAAAUCAAUAUGUUUUGUGUACAGAAAGGUGUUUUCACCUUUUCAGUUCAGUGGCUUGUUUCCCUUCCAAAACAUUUCUUUACAGCUUUUUCACUUCCCAGAAGAAAAAAAAAUAUGUAUUUAACUUUACAGAUGUAGUUUUAUUGCAAAAUUUCAUAGUUUUAUAGCACCAAAACUACGUCAUCUACACAUUCAGACUCCAGUUUCUUUAGUUUCAAGACUUUUUUUUUUUAGAGUUCUCCUCUGGAAAUGGAAGUAGACGCAAUACGGUUCUGACACUCGUGACGGUUUCACAUAACGUCUGCCUAUACUGCAACUUUUCAGCCAAACAUUCUGUACGUUCUCCUCUUACAUCUGUGAAGCAAAAGUAAAAACCAGUCAGCCCUGUCCUCGCCGCGUGCCAAUAUUUGAAGGACGGAGAAAAACCGUUAAGUCUCAGUGUUACGGCUACAUGAUAGUGUGCGUAAACAGAAACUGUGCCAGCUCGUACCCACUGGGCUUCGUUUGAACGCCACCCAACGACAGCAUGGUCGGAGCAAGAGGCCUCCUGUUGUAGCAGACAGAAAAUGGCUCCCUGUGCCACGGCUGCUGCGCGAAGCACCAGAGCGCCCUCUACUGCUGUGGUGGUCACAUGUAGCACGUUGGCCCGACCUCAGGUCCAGGUGGUCUGUGAGUGCUGCAGCCGGCAGAGCUCCAGUGUUGGGGACACAUGCUCAGACAGACUCGUACCACUACAGCACCCUGCCACUGCCACGUCCCCCCGUACGUCCCAGUGUUCCCACUCUGUUUACCCGUCCCUGCCUCCAGCCCACCACCACCACCACUCCGGCCGUUGGUUAGUGCAGGCGGGGGAGCUCCACACGUCCCCCUGGUUUGUUGAAGCCCACGUUAUAGACCAGUGCCGGUUCAGACCACUGUGACUGAUGUGGGACAUCCUGUAUUUCUGUAUAAAUGUAUAUUGACUGUAACCCUGUGAAUGAUGUAACAAUUUCAUUAUUUGUAAUAUUGUCAUUGGUUUAUUUUCUAAAAAUGGAAAGCCCAACUUGACUCUCCUCAAUAAAAAUAAGAUCUGUUAUUAAAA